GUGUAAUAUUUCUUUUUUUUUUAUCAACCUUUUUAUUAUUAUUAUUAUUUAAGAAAAAAAAUAAGUAGUUUGUUUUAAAUAUAAAUAACAUAAUUUUUUUCCUUCUUUUUGUUCUUCUUUCUUUCAGUUGUUUUCUCUCUUCUUCUCUCUCUCUUUUUAAAUACAAAAAACCCUUCUUUUCCAUACCCCUUAACAAAAAAAAAAAAAAAAAUCUUUCUCCCCCACACAUUUAUUACAUAAAAAAAAAAUUUUUUUUCUAAAAAUAUUUAAAUGAUGAUUACAGAGACAACAGCAUUUAGUCAUCCUUUUAACUUUAAUGACAUUCAAAGGGUACAUCCUCUUUCAGCUUCCCCUGCUCCUUCUGCUUUUUUUCGUACAACAUCCCCUGUUCAAUCUACAAAUACUAUGGAUGAUGUUACAACAAUUUUCGUAGUUGGAUUCCCAGAUGAUAUGUCUGAAAGAGAAUUUCAAAAUAUGUUUACUUUUUGUCAGGGCUUUGAAGCUGCUUCAUUAAAAUGGCAUUGUAAAGAACAAGAAGAGGAGAAUAUAGGAGGAAAGAAACAAAUGAUUGGAUUUGCUAGGUUUCGUACUCGUUUAGAAGCACUUGAGGCAAUUGAUGUUUUAAGCGGGAAAAGGAUAGAUCAAGAAAAGGGAACAAUGUUAAAAGCAGAAAUGGCCAAGAAAAAUUUACAUAUUAAAAGAGGCUCAACUACUCAAACUACAUCAUCCUCUUCUUCUUCUUCCUCAUCUACAAGUACAACAAUAGCACCACAGUCACAACUACAACUACAACCACCACCUCCACCACCCCCACCACCACCACCUAUCUCUUCUUCUUCUACUACAACAACCACUUCUUCUUCCAACAAUAAUAAUAGUAAUACGUUCAUGAUGACUACUUCUCUUACUAUGCCUGAUUCCUUAAAGAAUAUGCAUCAACGUAAUUAUCCUCCUCAUUUACCAAGUGAUUUAUUUUCUCCUCAAGACUAUAAAAAUGACUUGUUCAUUGAACCUUCUAUUAUAUCACCUACUUUAAAUGAUUCCUUUUUCGGCAUUCGAUCCUCUUCCUUUGAUCAUCAUGACUUGGGGUUCAUUUCUUCUAAUCGUGCAUUUGGCUUAAUUCCAACUAAUGAACAGCAACAUAAUCAUCUUCAUUCUCAUUAUUAUCCUCCUCAUCAUCAUCAUUUUAUGAAUGAACAAGAAAAUAGGAUAGAUUCUAAUUCUUAUCAUUAUCUUUCAAAAUUGACACCUUCUAUUCAUGACAAUAAAAUUUUAGAACAAGAAUUACUUCGAUUAUCUCUCUUAUCUAGUAAUCAACAAGAACUACGUUUAAAUCCAAAAUUAACUGCUAAUCCAGCAGAUCAAAACCCUCCAUGUAAUACCCUUUAUGUUGGCAAUUUACCUUUAAAUACCUUAGAAGAUGAAUUAAGACAUCUAUUUUCAAAUUGCAGAGGAUAUCGUCGUAUGUGUUUUCGCACUAAAUCUCAAGGGCCCAUGUGUUUUGUUGAAUUCGAAGACAUUGGUUUUGCAUCUCAAGCUUUAAAUGAUUUACAAGGACAAAAAUUAUCGAAUUCAAUUAAGGGAGGCAUUCGAUUAUCUUUUAGCAAGAAUCCAUUAUUUAUUAAACCCAACAAGGAAAAUAAUAUGAUGACCCAUUUUAAACCAAUGGGAAAUAUCUUAAUGACUGAUCGACGUGGUAGUAGUAGUAAUAGAGAUUUAAUGUUUGAUCCUCAACUAUAAUAGAUUUAUUAUAACAUUUAUAUACACUCACGCAUACAACAUUAAUCUUUUUCUGUCUUAAUAAUAAUAAUACAUGUAACACAUUUUAUAUAAUCCAUACACACACACACACACACACACUUUUUGCACUGUUAUUAUUUACUUAAUUGCACUAUACAGUGCGUCCGCCGUCAAUUGGACAAUUUUUUGAAAAAGCUGGUCAAAUUUUUGAAUAAAUUUGCCCACUUUUUUGAAACUCAAUUGGUCAUUUGUUUGAAAUUCAUUUGGUCAUUUUAUUU